AUGUCUACUCGCAGCAACUUUUUCAAGAACCGUCAAGAGACUUAUCCCCUCACCGUCGUCCCUCUUACCCCCGCUAUCGCAUCUUCCACAACUCUUCCCACUCCCGCUGCUAGCCAGCCUGAGAUACCUUCCUCUUCUUCCUCUCGCGAACCCUUGAUGGGUUCCCCUCGUAAACGCCCCCAUCCCCGCAGGCAGCUCAGCAUCACUGUCCCCCCACCGUCACGCACGCUCCAGUCUUUGGUCGUUCCCGUCCAAACGUACUCUUCCCAGGCUUCUUCCUCGGGCUGCUUGAGGUCCCCUUUCGUACUGAGGGGUACUACACGAUCUGUCAGUCCGAGAUCGCGAGCCCACAUAGACGAAUGGGAUAGCAGAAAGAAGAGCAAGCAACAAAGCAAGAUGCGAUGCGAAGACCCGGAGAGGAUGCCUACCAGUGCGACCGACUUGGGCGUAGGCAGAAGUAUGAUCAGGAGGCCGCCAGGAAUUGUGCUGGCUGUCUUGGCCUCUGUUGUCUUUAUCAUCACCGUAUUCGUCAUUGUCGCUCCAGUGGAUUACAUAUUCUUGCUCCUUGUCGAAACCUGA